CAACAACAUUCCUCUUGCUCCAAAACUAAUGUUACCAUGAACUACCAUGGCGCAUCACAUCCAAGCAUUAAUCACUCAUCAAUGCCUACAAAACAACCUUCAACAUUCGAAGACAACGUGAUUAACAAUAGUGUCAAAUCAGCCUUAAAAGAAGAAGCAGAGACAAAUGCCGAUACAGCCAGUGAUCUACUGGCAGCGAUCCUAGUCCUCUACAAAGAUACUAUGAUCAACUCGCCCUCAGUGCUGCAUCCUCCAUUGCCUUUGAGAAUCUUUAGGGAUUACUUGGAUACACAUCCUUCGUAUGCAGAGCAACAGGUCUCCCAAGGCGUCACAGACUUGGAGAAGAAAUCAGCGAAGGUUGCCAAGUCAUGGAUUAGUUCACAAGAAGCAUUUUUGCCCGUCAACUUGCUAUUUUAUGCCAUCAUUAAUCUGACACGACCUGGGUCUUCUUUUACAGAAUCGAUUGAGUUUAAUGCCAAAGCAGUAUUCAAUGUCGUUAUUGCAUCCAUAGCACAGGGAUCUCAGGCCCGGGACUGUGUGCAGCUCCUUGUGCUUUGUAUGCACCUUAAAGAUACAAAGGAUUGCUACCCUCUGCGUACCUUGGCUAGUAUGGUUUGUCUUGAUAUCAUAUGCGCAAUGUCGCUGCCUAUCCAUGCACGAACCUCAGCCUUACGUCUUGUCCUUGGUCCUGCAGACUUUGUUUUGUAUCAUCUGGAAACACGGAUUCGUCUUUCGGAAAUAAUUUCACAUCUUGUAAUGGAUGUAUAAAAGAAAUUGCUCGCCUUGAUUUUUAUAUUUUUACUUUUUUGGUGUGCUGACAUCAUAUUCUCUAUAGUUUGAGGAAGACUGUUAUGAGGAUAUAGAGUUCAGGACAAUUGUAGUCAGACUGGCUCGA